UUUUCUUCCUCGACGGCGGCAGCCCACUGGGUCUCAUCACCAUGCAAAGCCUCAUCCGGCAGCGACUCGGUGCAGACCUAUCGCUUGACCAACCUUUGGGCGCUAGCACCCUUAGGUUAAGGUAGUCAGAUGGCAGCAUUUGUGGUCGAAUCCGGCGACAACAAGUAUCAACAGAGCCUAAGAAGUCCAGACUCGGAAUUGGAUUGGAGCCAAGUGACUUCCAUACCAUCCGAUCUCCUCGAGCUCCUAGCAUCCACUACCCACUCUCCUUCUACUGAUGUGAUCUCCCCGCCACAAGUGGUCGUCCUCGCCGGAGCGACAGGUUUUAUCGGCAGAAAGAUCCUCAACCAAAUAGUUAACGACGCCCGAGUGACGAGGGUAUGCUGGGUUGCGGUCCGGCCCCGGACACCAUCAAGUCAACCGGACCGCUAACUAGGACCGCUCUUCUCCCAUCCAAAAGUGGCUGUUUGCCAAGGCGACCUAGGCACGAAGCACCUCGGUCUGUCUG